AUGUCAUACGACCAGGACAGAGCAAAGAGGCGCAUGACUUCGAGAGAUGGCGACUAUGUCGACACCUCCAAGCCCAGCGCAUUCUUCCAGCCCAAGGGUGGUCGCGACUGGACAGUAUCCAUAGCCGUUCCUGGCAGCGUUCUCUCCACAUGUCGGCGUGAUGAUCAGCGCACGGCUGUCAUCAACCAGAUUGCCCGUUCGUUGGCCGUCUUCAGCGUAGACGAGGUAGUCAUCUUUGAUGACUCCCCCAUGGACAAGCGGGUCAAGAACGUCGACCCAAACAGCUACAUGGGCGACAUCGACCCUUGUGGCUACAUUGAGCACCUCUUGAACUACGUCGAGGUCCCCCCCUUCAUGCGGAGAGCACUCGUCCCCUUCCACGCGAACCUCAAGCAAGCCGGCCUGCUGGAAAGCUUAGACGUUCCCCACCACCCUAAUCCUUCAGAUUAUCUGCCCUACUGCGAAGGCGUAACCACUUCAGAAGGUGCCCCUGGAGGCAAGGGUACAGUCGUUGACGUCGGCUCAAAGGAAGGAAAGGUCACUAUCAAGGACGAUAUUCCGCCCAACACCCGAGUCACGCUUAAAUUCGACGACAACGACCCCAACCACGCAGAACCUUGUCAUCCAGACGCACCAAGGACGGAAGGUGGUUUCUACUGGGGCUAUUCGAUACGGCGAUGCAAAUCUCUGGCCGCUGUGUUCGAGGAGUGCGCAUAUGAUGGAGGCUAUGAUCUCAGCAUAGGCACGUCAGAGCGUGGAAGACCAAUAUUCGACGCUUUCCCUCAAAUCAAAAAGAAGGAAUCGCUCAAAUUCAAUCAUCUAAUUGUGGUAUUCGGCGGACCGCGAGGGCUGGAGUAUGCGGCUGAGAACGACCCGGCGCUGCAGGAAAUGGGCAUCAUCAGGGGCAAGACGAAGGAGCUGUUUGACAACUGGAUCAACAUCUUGCCCGGUCAGGGCAGCAGAACCAUUCGGACGAGCGAAGCACUAUUCAUCGGCCUGACGGGACUCCGACCUUUGUGGGAAGGCCGAUAG